CCAAAACAUUCAUCCCACCCUGUUGAUCUGGCGAAACGCGCGCCAUGCUGUCCAAACUGGCGAAGCUUGGUGGGCCAUUGGACUGUUCGACGUAAGAGCCCUGUGAAGGGGAUGUCCGAAAGAAUCAGGCAUCACACAUGGCCGUGCGAUUUGGGUGGAGGCAGCAAGGCAUGCGGGACACCAAAUGCGAUACACGCAGCAUGUGAAACGCUUGAUGCAGCACCCCAACCGGCAUCCAAGGCGGCUCAAGCCCAUCACCCAGCUAAGUCCGCUGGUCACUGGAGCGGCCAGACCCUCCUCCCUGCUAAAUCGAGCCGGUCGACCUCUUGGUCGACGACUCUGUUCAAGUCAAGGGAACCAGAAGCCUCCUAAGGGCUUCAAGAAGUAUUACGAAAAAGAGCCCACCCAGACUCAGAGCAGAGGAGGCAAGGAGGCGGAAGCGAAGGAGGCGAAGCCUUCGUCCAAGUCAGGCUCCCAGAAGGGGAAGAACGGGAAGGAACCGAAGCCUCCGGAGGGCAGCCCCCAAAGACAGCAGGUCCGACUCCUGCUCCUGACAACUGCUGGCGUGCUGACUGCCAUGGUUGUGGGCCAAGAGAAGAAACCUGAAGGCGAAGAAAUCAUCCUCCAGGAGUUGCUGAGAGAUUAUUUGACCAAGGGCUCAGUGGACAAGAUCCAAAUUGUCAACAAGAGCUUUUGCCGCGUCCAUCUGCGAUCCGACACCACCGUCACCGAGUCGUCGGAAGUUCCGUCCGCUGGAAGUGCUGCGAGGACGUUGAUCAUUCAGUUGGGCAGCCCAGAGACCUUUGAAGCCAAGCUGGAACAGGCUCAACAUGACUUGGGAAUCCCAACGGUGGACUAUGUGCCUGUUCAGUACAUAGAGGAGUCGGAUUGGCGCUCCGACAUUCUGCCUCAUUUGCCCACUGCACUCUUCGUGGUUUUACUCUUCAUGGGCUUAAGCUCCAUGGCCAGCAUGGGCGCCAGUGGCAUGCCGGGCGGUCCGGGUGCAGGCCCAGGGGGGCGGAACAUCUUCAGCAUCGGCAAGGCCUUCCCACAGGGGGCCAAGGACCUGAAGUCCAAGGUGAAGUUCCCUGACGUCGCCGGGUUGGACCAGGCCAAGUCGGAAGUGAUGGAGUUUGUAGACUUCCUGCAGAGCCCCACCAAGUACCAGCAGCUAGGAGCUCGAGUUCCUCGGGGUGGACUUCUUGUUGGUCCACCCGGGACCGGGAAGACCUUGUUGGCCAAGGCAGUUGCUGGUGAGGCAGACGUGCCCUUCUUCUCCAUGAGCGGCUCGGACUUUAUUGAGAUGUUCGUGGGUGUGGGACCCUCGCGUGUCCGUGACCUCUUUCAGCAGGCUCGUGCACAAUCGCCAUCGAUUGUGUUUAUUGAUGAGAUUGAUGCAGUGGGCCGACGGCGUGGGAAAGGCGGCUUUGGAGGUGGCGGCAAUGAUGAGCGAGAGAAUACUCUCAAUCAGCUCCUGGUAGAAAUGGAUGGCUUUUCGUCAGGCACCGGUGUAGUGGUCCUCGCGGGCACCAAUCGCGUGGACAUCCUGGACCCCGCGCUGACGCGUCCGGGGCGCUUCGAUCGGCAAAUUGCCAUUGAGAAGCCCGACCUGGCGGAAAGAGAGCAGAUCUUUAUGGUUCACCUGAAACCCAUCAACCUACAAGAAGGCCUAGCAGUUGAAGAUGUGGCGAAGAGGAUGGCAUCUCUCACACCGGGCUUUGUUGGUGCAGACAUUGCCAACGUUUGCAAUGAAGCAGCCAUUUUCGCGGCAAGGCGAACGGCUGAGCAUGUCGAGAUGCAAGACUUCGAGCAAGCCACGGAGCGAGUCCUGGGAGGUUUGCCGAAGCAGAACGGCCUCAUGAGCCCUGCGGAGAAGAAGACGGUGGCCCUGCACGAGUCAGGUCAUGCGGUGGCAGGCUGGUUCCUGGAACAUGCAGAUCCUCUACUGAAAGUCUCCAUUGUUCCUCGGAGCAGUGGAGCGUUGGGCUUUGCUCAGUAUCUACCGCAAGAGAUGAGCCUUUUCUCCAAAGAGGCCAUCCUCGACAAGAUCGCUGUGGCGCUGGGGGGGUCGCGCGGCGGAGGACCUCUUUGUGAAACGCAUCACCACUGGGGCGUCGGACGACUUGGACAAGGUGACAAAAAUGGCGUACUCCAUGGUAGCUGUCUAUGGAAUGAACGCUGA